UGACGUGAUUUCAACUAAGUGCACAACCGAACUAGCAACAUAAAACGGGAUAAAAUUGAAUAAAAACUGACAUUAUAUCGUUGUUUUCCCUCCUAGUUUUAUUUGGAUUACGCAUCAUCAAACUGUGAAUAUCUGGCAACGCGUUUAAUACGGAUUCCGUCCUAUAAACCUUGUCCAAAAUCGAAAGGAAGUCGUGAAAUGGUUUCCACGGAAUUUUCGACAAUGAGAGAAUAGUUAUGUUUUGAACAUUUUAUCAGACCUCCUUUUAUUAAUUAAGGACUAUUUAAAGUCCUUUUACAGCCACAAUGACCUCCAAGGCAGGGAUCACAGACAGAAUAGACCCUUUUGUGAAUAAGGCUGCUAUUAAAUCGAAAAAGCAGAAAAGAUCUCAGGGUUCAUCUCAUUACAGAACUAAAAAUGCCCCAGAAUUGCAGGCAUUGCCACAUUUAAAAGAUACUGCACCGUCGGAUCAACAAGAGCUGUUCACCAAGAAGCUGCAGCAAUGUUGCGCGGUGUUCGACUUCAUGGACCCCGUGUCGGACCUCAAGAGCAAGGAGGUGAAGCGAGCGUGUCUCAACGAACUUGUAGACUACAUCACAGCAACACGUGGCGUGUUGGCAGAACCUGUCUAUCCAGAGAUUGUCAGAAUGAUCGCCUGCAAUAUAUUCCGCACGUUACCUCCCAAUGACAACCCGGAGUUCGACCCAGAGGAAGAUGAGCCAACCUUGGAGGCCUCUUGGCCCCACUUACAGAUUGUGUACGAGUUCUUUCUACGAUUUCUUGAAUCUCCAGACUUUCAACCCAGCCAUGCAAAAAAGUUUAUUGAUCAAAAGUUUGUUCUUCAAUUGUUAGAAUUAUUCGACAGUGAAGACCCACGUGAGAGGGACUUCUUAAAGACUGUACUGCAUCGGAUAUAUGGCAAAUUCUUAGGCUUACGAGCUUUCAUUAGGAAACAAAUUAAUAAUAUAUUUCUUAGGUUUAUAUAUGAAACAGAGUCAUUUAAUGGAGUCGGUGAAUUACUAGAGAUUCUAGGCAGCAUUAUCAACGGGUUUGCGUUACCGUUAAAGUCGGAGCACAAGCAGUUUUUAAUGAAGGUUUUAAUUCCCCUACAUAAAGCAAAGAGCUUGAGUUUGUAUCAUGCCCAGCUGGCGUAUUGUGUUGUGCAGUUUCUAGAGAAGGAUGCCAGUCUGACAGAAGAUCCGAAACAAAAGCAUGAUAAAUUCAGCAUAACAGAAAGUGUGAUCAAGGGACUUCUGAAGUUUUGGCCAAAGACUUGUAGUCAGAAAGAGGUUAUGUUCCUGGGAGAAAUAGAAGAGAUUCUGGAUGUAAUAGAGCCCACACAGUUCCAGAAAAUCAUGGAGCCACUCUUCAGGCAGAUAGCACGCUGUGUCUCCAGUCCACACUUUCAGGUUGCAGAGCGUGCGCUGUACUAUUGGAACAACGACUAUGUGACCCAGCUGAUUGAGGAGAACUCGAGCGUGGUGCUGCCCAUCAUGUUCCCUGCGCUCUACAAGAUCUCCAAGGAACACUGGAACCAGACCAUCGUGGCCCUCGUCUACAACGUCCUCAAGACCUUCAUGGAGAUGAACAGCAAGCUGUUUGACGAUCUGACUGCUAACUACAAGUCUGAACGGCAAAAGGAGAAGAAGAAGGAAAAGGACCGAGAAGAUCUGUGGAAGAAAUUGGAGACUCUUGAAGUGAAGUCUGGAAAUAAAAACAAGCUUCUCAACAAUGUGUCCUAAUGGGGCACCUACGGGCUGCCAACAGAUACGUGGCCACAGACAAACGUUUUCAUGACUCCUACAGCGGUAUAGAAAAGGGAAAAGCUUUAUCUACAAAUAUCUGCUUGUUUCGACGUAUAGUGGACUGUAGUAUGCAGAUUUCAGAUUUUUUUAUUAUGGCUUUGUAAUGAACUUUUUUACAAGUGUGACAUUAUACAUCGGUAUUUAACUUCGAAACUUUUGUUACAGCUAAUCUACUGGGUGGAAUUAAGUGUCUGAUGACUGGAACAUGGCGUCAGGUGAUUAAGAUUGUGCAUCAGUUGGCUGUCACUGAGUGAUGUUUAUUUAUUCCAAUUGAGUACAACAGAUGUAUCUUUGUACAUACCGGGCAUAAUGGUUUGUAGACGAAUAAAUGAAAAAGUAAAAUCUCUACAUAAUUUAUUGUAAUACUAGGCCUUAUAGAAUUGUAAAUGGUGUGAUUUUGGUGUUAUAAGAAAAUGAAAGAUAGUUAUGGAACAAUUAGCCGUCAGCUUGUUUGAUUUGUUACAUCAAUUAUUGUCAAUCCUUUGAAUUACUGACUGCUUUUGCUUCCCUAAAAAGGGUAAUUCUCUGACAGCAUAAUGCGUGGAGCUAUGUUUGUGGAAACAAUUCCUGAGUAAGCCGAGGUUGAUUUCUGCACUUCAGUUCUGUACUAUUGAUCUGUGACAAGUGCAGUGUAAUUCCUGUAAUGCAUUCAGACUCAUCUAGGGGUAUUUAUUUUUGCUGUGGUGCGUAUAUAUUUAAGGUUGCUGGUGAGACUAUGGUAUCUUUAAUGAGCUUGAUAAACGUAUACAACAGUCUCAUAGGUCAGCAUAUGUGUGAAGCAUAUCACAGGGCUGUGGCUAUUGAAUGAGUAGUUAAAUAAUGUGUUUUAUAUAUAAGCCAUGCUCUGGAAAACAUGGUUUAGUGAAUUUGCAUAAAGUGUAGUCCUUAAUUGGCUUGUGUAGUCUGCAGAGGCUAAUCAGGGACCACACUUUCCUAUUUUUAUGGUAUUUUUUGGUUUAGAGAAAGUCUUUUUAUGGGAAAAUCCAUUUUAGACCUAAGUGUUGUCCCUGACUAGCCUCUGCGGACUGCCAUGCUUAUCUUUGACAACACUGAACACAUGCAUAAGCCCAGUUUUCCAUGAACCGGACUCGUAUUAUGUGAUUUGAUGUUGUUGUGUAGCCGGCAUCCCAUUUAUUGUGCUUUUAUAUGUUCCAUUAGAGGAAAAUGUGUGAGCUAAUUGACUUAUUGUUUGGGCAUUUUGUCCAAUGCAGUAUCUUAAGUACAUUGAAACUGUUACACUAUCACAUAUGUAUGGCUGAAUGUUCAAACACUUUGCUGCAUUUUAUGUUAAACUUUACAAGCCUCAUUUGCUCAACUGCAUGUUAAAUUACUUAUAAUAAAUUGUACACAAUUUUAAAUUAUGUAGUUUAAUGUUUUUAAGAGAAAAGAUGUAAGAAAUUCCCUGUUUAGGAAAUUGGCAAAUACAAGUGCAUGCUUCUAUGUAUUUUGCUUUGUUACAAUGACCUUAAGAAUUUGUAUGAUUUCUACUUGAGUUUGGUAAUUAUGUGGUUACGUUCUACUAAUUCUCCUUCCAUGUCUGCUUUGUCUAAGUACAUUAUGCAUUACAUCCUGUGUUCCACUGAAGUUGACUGCAGCGUUGUUAGUGAAAUCAUUGUUUAGUUUUCCGUCCAUAUUGUCAAUAUUAAUCGUGUGUUUACAUGUUUGUUCACUGCACACAUUAUCCUUCAAAUCUUCAACAAAACAGUGCUGAUAAAAUAUGAAAUUAAUGCCUUUUUGUUUGAAGGAACACUACAGGUAAACACAUGCUUUUCACAGUGUAACAAUUGUUUUUCUCAUUCUUGCUUAAUAUCAUUAACUUGUGGCAAUAACCCCAUCUGUGUGGCAAAGUUCAUUUCACUUGUGAGACAUUGGUAUAGCCUCCUGUCAACAAGCUCAAUGUGCAUAUAUGAGCCGAUCAGGACAAAUGAAUGCAUAUGGGCGCCCACAGGCUAAUCUGAGACUGCAGACUGCACAGGCUUAUCUGGGAUUUAACUUUACACACAAGCCGUAACUCUUUAAGUGCUGGAACUGAAUUUUGAAGGCCUUUGCAAACAGUUUGGAUCCAGAUGAGACGCCACAGAACGUGGCGUCUCAUCAGGAUCCAAACUGUUUGCUAUUCUGAUAGGUUUCUUUUAAAAAAUCUGUGAAAAUGCUAAUUUUAGAAAUUCAGCAGACGACAUUUUUGCAGACGACAAAUUUCCCAGCAUGCAAAGGGUUAAUCCCUGAUUGACCCAGAGCAUGGCUCACAUAUAGUGGAUCUUGUUGGAAUUUCUGCUAUAAACUCUUGUGAUCAUAGUCAUAAUUUGACAUGCUUAGGUUAUCGCAUAUCUUAUAAAUCCACAUUUAAACAGAUAAUGUUUGUGUUAUUUUUAUACAAGCUUUGAAUUCAAAGAAUGCUAUUGAAUCUGUCCACAUUCAUAAUUAUUAAUUGUAUGACUAUUAGGCAUUUAUAGAACACAUAAGAUGAUUUUAAUAAAACAUUUUUGUUUAAUUAGGUUGAUUUUAUCAGUAUCCCUUAUUCUCAAAGUAUCGGCCCUCCUCAUAGUAUCGUGACUUUAAAGAAAGAAAACAAAGUAAUGGAAAGUUAGUGUUUUUUCAAUGUUUAAAAGUUGUAUUUUAUUUGAUGGUUAUCCAUGACUAUUGUGACUGUCAUUCUCAUGAUUUCUGGUGUUUAUUGGAAAGUAGGUCAUGCUUAUUCCAGGGUGAUGCUAUGAUUUUUUUAAUUUGAUAACACACAACUAUGUUAAAUUGUUUAUGGAUAAAUAGUAGCUUUAUCAGAUGUUUUAUAUGCUGCUUAUUUGUGAAUAAAAUGUAAACAUAUUUUAAGAAUAAUGAGCAAUAUUUUCUUUUUUCAAUUAAGAUACUAUUUUUAGAACAAGAACAUGGGCAUAGUAACAAAUCUUAGCCAACAAUCAGAAGGGCCGCUACAUGUAUUAUGAGAACCAUUGUACAUGAUACAGAUUACUAUAGGGAGCUAAGUCUAGCCAGUAUUUUGACAAAACAAUGUCGAUUUAAAUGCAGUUUUAGUUGUUCUGUCCAAAAAAACACAUUUAACUAUAUAUUGACAUAACACAUGCGUGUUUUGUAUUUGUUCACUUCCAAAAUUAGUACAUAUUCAUUAAGAGGGCUGAUACUACGGAUAGACAUGCUAGAAUCCACAAAGUAAUUUGUAUCCAAUAUAUACUAAGCUUUUUUAAACCCUUAGUGGAAAUUUUCUUCAAACACUUAAGAAUACAUGAAAUAUGUUUUUGGAGUCAAAAUAUACCACUUUUUCUGCCAUGACUAAUUCUUAAGUUUUCAAAGUGGAAUUGUUUACAUUUGGGUUACGUGUUAUGUUGUACAGACAGUAAGCAGAUUUGUUCAUUCAUUAUACACUGUAAAUUGUGGCUGUAAUUCAAAAAGAGGCAUAUUUAAUGUAAUGUAUUCUUGUUUGAUGGUACAUGUUAAAUGAAAGCUGAAAUAUCUUUUUGUAAAUGGAUUUUCUUAAAUUUUGCAACUAUGUUUGAGGAACAUGUACUGGUACUCCAUUUACUGGUAUAUUUAUGUUUUAUAAGCCGUGUGGUUCAUUUAGGCACUGCAAAAUGUUAUGCACAAUUAUAAUAAUAGAAAAUGUUUUGACGCUUACUUACUCAAAACAAGUUGAUUUGUUAAAUGUAUAAUAUAUAAAGGAAAGGUUUUGGAUGUUUUUAUGAUGUGUUUUGGUGUAUGUAUUAUUGUAAAAUAUCAUAAGAAGCAACAUUCUUUGAGAGUGUUUUGUGAAUAUAAAAAUGUGUUUUUUACAAAACUGUUUAAAUGCAUAGAACUGACUCACAGAUUACAUUUACAAUGUUGGUUCUGAUGAAUUGAUUUCUUUUGCAUAUUAAAAAAAGUUUGAGAAAUGCUGAAACGAAACUGAAGAUUGUUAUUAAAAAAGGGAUAUGUUUUGUUAUGGCUUAAUUUUUUUUUAAUUCAAAGACAGGUCUUGUUUGUUACAAACAAAACCACAUUUAAUAAAAUUGCAUCAAUUGUUUGUUACAUUAUUUUUUCCAUAAAUUGUGUAGUCAUUUUUGUAAAAGGCUGAUUUAACAAAAUCAAGUUACUGUUAACAUUGAUUGGUUGAUGUGUGAUUAAGUCAUAAUUGAUUGAUAAAUUUAUGAAUAUUUUAGCGUGCAAUGUUGUAAAUGUUGUUCUUGUUGCUAAUAGCUUUAUGUAGGCAAGGACAAUGACAAUGAUCCCAGUUAAAAUCACUUAAAAGAAGAAAAUAUGCAGUCUUUUACUCAUACAUAGAGGACAAUAUCUAGACCCUAUAUAGCAUGUCAUUUUCAUUGAUUGAUCACAUGUGCACAUACCCUUAAAAUAAAGUUGUUAGAUAACCCAUUAUUGUAUAAAACUUUUAAAAACUUGUAUAUUCAGCUGAGGUUGUUAUGUUUUUUUGUUAUGUAAUUUUACCCAGAUUAAUGUGAAUGCAAGCCUAAGUAUACAUGAUGCACAAUGUUGUGCACAUUACAUUACAUAGAGUUCACUUUAUUAGAUAUGCCAAAGGAAGUUUACACAUAUAAGUAUUAUUGAUUAUUCUCCCACCUCUGUACAUGAAGCUUAUAACUCAAUCAAUUUAUUGUACGGAUAUGCAUCAGUUGAGAAAAGAAAUGGACAAUACUGUGAUUGGAUCAGAGCAAAUAAUGGCCAACUUAAAAAUGGUUUUCUAUGUGUUUAAAUAAGUUAAUAAUGAAGUAUUCACAGCAUAUGAGCAGCAUUGUGCGAAAAUAGGUAGGAGCUGCCCUGUCCUCACGCAAGGCUGCUUAGUCUCAUAACUACCCAUCUGUGCACAAGAAUGCAGAGAAUAUCUCGAUCUACACUUAAAGAACAUUUAUUAAGACCAAUGUUGGCACAGUGACGCUCAUAUACGAGCCUUGUUCUGAGAAAACUGGGCUUAAUGCAUGUGUGUAAAGUGUCAUCCAUGAUUAGCCUGUACAGUCUGCACAGGCUAAUCAGGGACAACACUUUUUGCCUAAACUUGAUUUUCUGUAAUUGACUUCCUUGAAACAAAAAAUACCAUGAAAGCGGAAAGUGUAGUUCGUGUGCGGACCGCACAGGGUAAUCUGGGACGAUCCUUUGUGCACAUGUAUUUAAGCCCAGAUUUCUCAGAAAGCGGCUCAUAUGAUCGAUGUCAGAAUGUGCCGGAUCAGCUGAUGUGCACAUCAGACUGAUUGUAUCUUAUUGUUUACACAUGUAUUAUAUGUAUAGGUAAGAACUAUUUACUUAGGUUUGUUAUUCAAAUAUGAGAGUCUUUCUGAGAAAACUGGGCUUAAUGCAUGUGUGUAAAUUGUCAUCAGAGAUUAGCCUGUGCAGUCCACACAGGCUUAUAAUGGAUGACACCAUUCGCCAAGACAGGAGUUUUGUUUAGAGUAGAAAUCUUUUAAACAAAAAAAAGAAAAGAAAAAAAGCUGAAAGUGCCGUUUCUGAUAAGCCUGUGCAGACUGUACAGGCUAAUCUGGGGUGACUCUUCAGCCACAUGAAUUAAGCAAUGUUUUCCCAGAACGCAACUCAUGUUUUGGACAGAUUUAGUUCUGCUGCCUGCAGGCUUUAAAGCAUGUCUAAAUAUCCCCAGUUGCCUCGGCCUUGUUGGGCCAACGAUCAGAUAGGAAACAUUGAUCUUGCGUCUCUUGUUUUGUUGUUUAUUCUACUUCCUUAAGUAUAUUACUGAGGCAUCAUAUAAUUUGCUGCAGUAUUUAUUGUUACCAACAUUAAAAUAUGUGUAGCUAAAUGAUCUUUCAAACUUGUUUUUAGAGGAAGUCCUUAAGUUUUGUGAAUCUAUAUCAUUCUAGGGGACAUGCAUUGUUUUGUGAAAUGAGUAGUUGUUUUGAGAUUUAUUUGCUUGUACAAAUGUACAUGUCUGUUUUACCCCAUAUGUAGUGAUUGAAUGUUGAGGAUUCACACUGGUGUAGUUAUAUUUUGCUGUAAUGUUACAUUCAUAAUCUUAGUGAAGGAAUGACAUAAUUUAAAUACAAAAUAAAUCAUUUUAUCCAG